AUGGGAGCCUGUGCCAUGGUGACUGACACCAACAUCUCGUCUGGCCUUGAGAGCAACACCAUGGGCAUCACGGCCUUCUCCAUUCCUGGCUGGCAGCUGGCAUUGUGGGCAGCAGCCUACCCGGCCCUGGUGCUGGUGGCUGUGAUGGGCAGUGCUGCGGUUAUCUGGAUCAUCCUGGCCCAUCGGAGGAUGCGCACAGUCACCAACUACUUCAUUGUCAACCUGGCCCUGGCCGACCUCUGCAUGGCCGCCUUCAACACAGCCUUCAACUUCGUCUACGCCAGCCACAACAUCUGGUACUUUGGCCGUGCCUUCUGCUACUUCCAGAACCUCUUCCCCAUCACAGCCAUGUUUGUCAGCAUCUACUCCAUGACCGCCAUCGCCGCCGACAGGUACAUGGCCAUCGUCCACCUCUUCCAGCCACGGCUCUCGGCCCCCAGCACCAGAGCAGUAAUUGCUGGCAUCUGGCUGGUGGCCCUGGCCCUCGCCUUCCCCCAGGGCUUCUACUCCACCAUCACCAUGGACCGGGGUGCCACCAAGCGCGUGGUGGCCUGGCCCGAAGACAGCGGCGGCAAGAUGCACCUUUUGUACCACCUUGCGGUGAUCGCCUUCAUUUACUUCCGGCCUCUCGUGGUGAUGUUUCUCGCCUGCAGUGUCAUCGGCCUCACGCUCUGGAGACGCACUGUCCCAGGGUACGAGGCGCAUGGCGCCAACUUGCGCCACCUGCAGGCCAAGAAGUUUGUGAAGACCAUGGUGUUGGUGGUGGUGACAUUUGCCAUCUGCUGGCUGCCCUACCACCUCUACUUCAUCCUGGGCAGCUUCCAGGAGGACAUCUACUGCCACAAGUUCAUCCAGCAGGUCUACCUGGCGCUCUUCUGGCUGGCCAUGAGCUCCACCAUGUACAAUCCCAUCAUUUAUUGCUGCCUCAACCACAGGUUUCGCUCUGGAUUCCGGCUUGCUUUCCGUUGCUGCCCAUGGGUCACGCCAACUGAGAAGGACAAGAUUGAGCUGACUCACACCUCAUCCCUUUCCACGAGGGUCAACAGGUGUCACACUAAAGAGACUUUGUUCGUGGCUGGGGAUGUGGCCCCCUCUGGGGCUGCCAAUGGGCAGGCUGGAAGUCUGCAAGCUGAAGUGUCUACUGACCCCUGA